AUGGCAGUCCCAAACAGGUCGUGUCUGGGAAAUGCUUUGGCACCCACCACGACCGGCCUAAGUCGCUGCUCCGGCUCGCAUUGGACGUUGCUGUACUCCUGGGGCUGCUUCUCCAUAGGGGGUUGGCUCAGGAAGACGCAUCCGAGCCGCUUCAUGGACACCGCCCUGGCGCUCCUGAGCGGCAUCAGCAUGGUCAGUCUUUCCGCCUGGAGAUCCAGUUGUGCCUUCUCAGGCAGCUUAGCGGUUUUGAAGAUGGAGGGGCAAGCUGAGGCAGCUUGACUUCUGCAAACGUGGUAUCUUGUGAAUCCACCCGGCACGACGCUGGCUGAGCGGCUCAGGCACCCGGAAUUCCCUUCUUGAGGCCCUAUAUAGGCGGCCCUCUAACCUAGACCGACUGUGGGUCCCGCUGUCCGCUACGUCGCUGCGGUGUCAGCUGCCCGCCUCAUUCCGCGGAUGCGGAUGCUGCGGAUGCAUCGGUCAUUGACCGAGCAAGGCACCUGAGAUCCGAAUCCGUUCGUUACAGCAGGCCCAACUGGUGGGAUCUGGAGGCCUCGCACAGGAGCAGAGAGAUGGCUGCUGGCCCACGCGAGACUAUUUUGGAAU